AUGAAAUCAGGGCUCACAGAACAUAGGUCCCUCCUUGUGGAGAAGCCCGAUGUGUGUAGGGAGUGUGGGCGAGGCUUUAGACACAAGCUAAAUCUCAGCAGACACCAGAGGACCCACUCUGGGGAGAAGCCUUAUGGGAGCCUCGAGUGUGGACAAGGCUUUAGCCGAAAGUCAGGCCUCCUCGGACACCAGGGGACACACCCAGAAAAGAAGCCUUGUAUUUGCAAUGUGCGUGGGCGAGGCCUCAGCCGGAAAUCACACCUCCUUAUGCACCAGAGGACACACUCUGGGGAGAAGCCUUAUGUGUGCAAGAAGUGUGGCCGAGGCUUUACCCGUAGAUCAAAUCUCCUUAUGCAGUGGAGGACACACUCAGGGGAGAAGCCACACGUGUGCAAGCAGUGUGGACGGGGCUUUAAUUAUAAGCAAAGCCUCCUGAGACAUCACUCGGCUUACUCGGGACAGAAGCCCUAUGUCUGCAGUGACUGUGGCCGAGGAUUUACCCGUAAAUCAAGUCUACUUAUGCACCAGAGGGCACACUCGGGGGAGAAGCCACAUGUGUGCGAUGAGUGUGGCCGAGGCUUUACCUGUAAAUCUAAUCUCCGUAUACACCGGAGGACACACUCUAGGGAGAAGCCUUAUGUGCGCAAGGAGUGCAGGCAGGGUUUUACCUGUAAAUCAAUCCUCCUCUUGCACUGGAGUGCACACUCUGGGGAGAAGCCACAUGUGUGCAAGGAGUGUGGGCGAGGCUUCAGCCAGAAGGCAGGCCUCCGUGUGCACCAGAGGACACACUCAGGGGAGAAGCCACAUGUGUGCAAGGAGUGUGGGCAAGGCUUCAACCGCAAGGCAAACCUCAUCAGACAUCAGGAGACACACUCAGGGAAGAAACCACAUGUGGGCAAGGAGUGUGGCCGAGGCUUUACCCGUAGAUCAAAUCUCCUUAUGCAGUGGAGGACAUACUCAGGGGAGAAGCCACACAUGUGCAAGCUGUGUGGAUGGGGCUUCAGUCAUAAGCAAAGCCUCCUGAGACAUCACUCGGCUCACUGGGGACAGAAGCCCUAUGUCUGCAGUGACUGUGGCCGAGGCGCCCCAGCCACAUUGGCCCUUUAA